AUGGGCGAAAUGGCUCAACAACCAGUAUCUAUCCAAAUCGAGGACUACGGCAUCAUCGGUGACAUGCGCACGUGUGCCCUGGUGGGAAAGAACGGCAGCAUUGAUUUCAUGUGCUGGCCCAAGUUUGAUUCUCCGUCCAUCUUCGGCCGAAUCCUCGACACCAGCAGAGGAGGCGGCGGCCACUGGAGCAUCAGCCCUCAAAGCAGUACCGUGUGCAAGCAGAACUAUCGAGCAGCUUCCAACAUCCUGCAGACGAAAUGGAUUGACGAAGACGGCGUGGUGGACGUGACAGACUUCUUCGCGCUCUCCAAGUACAACAAGCUCCUUCGAGAGACAUGGAGUGGCUCGACGUUGGUCAGAAAGCUCGAAUGUGUGCGAGGGAAAAUGUCUUUCGACAUCGAACUCUGUCCGCGACCCGGCUAUGCCAGGGACAGUGGCACCAUGCGCGGAUCCGAGAUUAACAGCGAAGACGGCACAUACCACCAGUCUCUCAAAUGGGUUCCCGACAAUCCGAAGGAAUGCCAGGACAUGCCCGAGUUCUUUGCUACUUACUGCACACACGAGCGGCCACUCAGUUCUCCUCCCAAGAUGUUCCAGCCCGUCGCUUCGCCCGACGGCGCUGAAGACAAGUUGCGCGCCCGAUUUGACCUCGAAGAAGGCCAGCAGAUUUUCAUGAUCAUGUGUAGCAAACACGUGGCGCCGCAUCUGACCAAAGACCUGAUGGUGAAUCUCGAGACGGAGACGCACAAAUUCUGGACGUCGUGGAUUCGGUCAUGUAAAUACUCGGGUCGCUUCCAGCAAGAAGUUGAGCGCAGCAUGCUUGUUCUGAAACUGUUGACCUACGACCCGACCGGUGCCAUCGUGGCAGCGCCGACAUUCUCACUCCCCGAGGCCAUCGGCGGCCCUCGAAACUGGGACUAUCGGUAUUCGUGGGUGCGCGACUCGAGCUUCACCGUUUACGUGUUCCUGAAGAUGGGCUUUGCCAGCGAAGCAGAGGCUUAUAUCAACUUCAUCUUCGCGCGGAUUGCUGAGUGGCGCAAGACUACCGAGGCGUCGGACACCAUCCGCCACCUGCCGUUGAUGUUCAGCAUCGACGGCGACACGUCCCUGCCGGAGGUCACUUUGGAUCACCUCUCGGGAUAUCAGGACAGUGUUCCGGUCCGCAUCGGCAACGCGGCCACCGACCACGUCCAGCUCGACAUCUACGGCGAGCUCAUGGAUUCCAUCUACCUGUUUAACAAGCACGGCAAGCCCAUCUCGUAUGCGCAGUGGCUGGACAUCCGCUACCUGACGGAUUUCGUGUGCCGGGUCUGGGACCAGCCCGACAUGUCCAUCUGGGAAGUGCGCGGCCAGAGACAACAUUUCACCUAUUCCAAAAUGCUCCUCUGGGUGGCCGUGGACCGCGCAUUGCGACUGGCGGAUAAACGCAACUUCCCUUGCCCAAAUCGCCACAAAUGGCUGGAGACCCGCGAUACCAUCUACGAGCAAGUCAUGGAGAAAGGUUUCAAUUACGACAUGAAUUGUUUCGUGCAGAGCUACGAGGCAAACACCACUCUCGAUUCGGCCGUGCUGAUUGCUCCACUGGUAUUCUUCAUGUCACCCAAUGACCCGCAGUUCGUGGGCACGCUGGACAACAUCUUGCGGACUCCUGAGAAAGGCGGCUUGACGUCCGCAGGAUUUGUCUUUCGUUAUGACCAUCAGAAAACCGAUGAUGGAAUCGGUGGCAAAGAAGGAACAUUCGUCAUGUGCACGCUAUGGCUCGUCGAAGCACUCGUCCGGGCCGGCAAAUACUCGAAGCAAUACCUCGACGUGGCCACGACCAUGUUCGAGACAGUCAGCAACUUCCGCAACCACGUCGGCAUGUUGAGCGAGGAGAUUUCAGUCAGUGGCGAGCAGCUAGGCAAUACUCCGCAGGCAUUCAGCCAUUUGGCCUUUGUAAGCGCUGCAAUCAACUUGGAAAGGGUCAGAAGAGGCGACUAG